GCUGAUCCGCUUGAGAUGGUUUCCUGUGGACGGGACUCUCACUGCUGUCUUGGAGCCACUAUGGAUUGAACUUUCACAGUAUCAUGUUAGACCCGCUCGACAUCCAUUGCUUUCGGUCCCCUAGAGGGGGGGGGUUGCCCACAUUUGAGGUCCUCUCCAAGGUUUCUCAUAGUCAGCAUUGUCACUGGCGUCCCACUGAAUGUGAAUUCUCCCUGCCCACUGGGUGUGAGUUUUCCUUGCCCUUUUGUGGGUUCUUCCGAGGAUGUUGUAGUCGUAAUGAUUUGUGCAGUCCUUUGAGACAUUUGUGAUUUGGGGCUAUAUAAAUAAACAUUGAUUGAUUGAUUGAUAAAGAAGAAGUGAAGAGCAUAAUUAAGAUAGAACACAAUAAAAAGUGGCAGGAUAAUUGGAAUAAGGAAACAAAAGGUAGAGAGUUUUACAAAGUCCAGAGGAGAGUAGGUGUCAUGAGAGGAGGGGGUAGAAAUAGGAAAGAAGAAGACAUUAUUACUAGAAUGAGAUUAGGACAUACAUAUCUAAAUAGUUCACUAAAAUUAACAGGAAAACAUACUACAGGGCUGUGUGAUUUUUGCCAUCAAAUAUAGAAUGUUGACCAUGUUUUAAUACAAUGUAGGAAAUACAAUAGAGAAAGAGAAAUACUGGAAAAUAAGUUAGCAAAAGAAAAUAUUAGGUUAGAAGUGGGAGAUAUAUUAGGAUUGCAUUCAGAAAAGCAAUAUACACAUAUUUAAAAAACACUGGGUUAAAUAAAAGAAUAUAAAGUAGGGAUCCACCUCGGUCCACACUCCAUUACAGUAGGUGGCGGUAAUGCGCACCAGAAGGUUGCUUGCCAACCGCCAUAAAAACAAAAGAAGGAGGAGGAAGAUUGAGUUGACGACCAAGAUGGCGGAUUAACGUUCUAUGGCUCCCUGAAGAUUGUUUCCAUUUUACGAUCAAACCGUUUCAUAGAUUCACAAAGACUCGCCUUCUCCGAGAGCAGAUUAAACGAAAGUUGGGCUGGGAGCGACGGAGUGUGAGCUGAAGUGAAGAUUGAAGACGUGAUAGAAGAUGGACGACUACUGCUAUGCUAAGAUGGCGACGUCAUGUCAAAGAGAAAGUGAAAGAGAAUCACCAACCGGGAUAAAGACGACAAUUGCGGAUGAGGUCUUUUCGACAAGAAAAAGAGGUUGGGGGGAGCCAGGCUGCCCUGAUGGAACCAUCGCUGCGGGUUACGUGAGGGACUCCUGGAACUCAUGGAGGAUCAUGUGCCUCUCAGCUCUUUCCAUCGAGGACGUCGUAGACAUCGACCUAUUUGGAGCUGUGAUCACGGGGCACUUGCUGGUCGGGCUGGGCAUUGCUCUGGUCUAUCGACAAAUUCGGAAGACGAUGGCAGCCACUCAAGGGGCCCAACGGCUGUUCAACGCAAUGGAAGGAUUGUGUCGGGCUGUGGGAACACAGACUUGUGCGAAUUCUGAGUUGAAUCGCAAAAUGGAUCUCAUCUUGGAAAAGUUUGCAGAGAAGGAAUAAUUAAUUGGGACUAAAAGAGGUCCAGCAUGGAAAAGCAGAGAAGACAAGUCAAUAUUUUGUCUUCAACUUUUUAUCUACGAUUUGGACUCCCUGAAUGGCCUUGGCAGGGAGCAGGCUGUUCUGAAGAAAAUCUCCCGAAGACUCCUCAAAGAUAGACGCUUUUGACCUUCCUUUUUGUCAACAACAUCUGUAGCCGAACUUUAUCAGCCUCAGCCAUACAAAAACACUUCACCUCUCCCGAGUUAAUCGGGCAUAUACGCACACACACAUGACCCCGACCCUUAAAUCAACACCCUCACCAACGCUUAUCUCCUCUGGGGUUGUGGAAUGGCUGAGCGGCGCUACAGAGCGAACAGCGGGCCUGCGCAAACCCACCCCUCCCUCCGUUGCAAGUUGGUGUGAUAUAUGUAUGUUUAAUGUGUGCCAUGCUAUGUGAGGUUUUUUCCUUGGACUCAGACUAGACCUCUGCUGAGGGUCUAGCCUUGGACUGAUAUUUUUUUACUCCCCCCCUUUCCUAAUGUCACCCUUUUCUU